UGCCCCCUCCUCCAACAACUUCACACCAUGCGUAUGAGCUGCAAUGGCUGCCGCGUCCUCCGCAAAGGAUGCUCCGACGACUGCACCAUCCGACCUUGCCUCCAAUGGAUCCAAGACCCCAAAUCCCAAGCCAAUGCCACCGUUUUUCUCGCAAAAUUCUACGGUCGUGCCGGCCUCGUCAACCUCAUCGACGCCAGACCCCCGCAUCUCCGUCCUGAUAUUUUUAAGUCUUUGUUAUUCGAGGCGUGCGGGAGAAUUUUGAACCCGAUAGAUGGAUCCGUCGGGUUGUUGUGUUCGGGAAGGUGGCAGCUCUGUGAAGCUGCUGUUGAAGCCGUUCUCAAAGGCGAGGCGAUUACUUCUCUUUCUUCCGGCUCCGAUUCGGCUUUUCAAGCUUGUGAUAUUCGUCACGUGUCCAAGGAGAAUAAGAGCUCGGGUGGUGGUUCUGACAAGCUCCAUAAAGUGAAGUCUCGGAGCCGGUGUAAGCGAUCGGGUCCUAAGCCGAAGCCGAAUAAAUUACCAGAGCAUCCUGGUGACGGAAAUAAUAACGCAGAAGGUGACAGCGUGUCAGUUGAGACAGUGGAGGCUAACCUCGUUAAAGCUGAUGGAGCUGUCCGAAGUGACGUGGAGCUGGACUUGACUUUGAGAUUAUAAAAAUGGGUCCCGUAACGUAAUUCUGAAGAAGCACGCCGUGAUUGGUUAUUCAUAAUCUGGUGUGGCCAAGUCCAGACUAAAGAAGAAUCUAAUGUAACAAUUUUCAAAGUCUAUUGUCGAACUGUAUAAAUGAAAUUGUAGAAAUUAAGAUUUUGUAGAUAUAAAUAUAAAAUUUUAAACAUUUAAAGAUUUA